CUCUUGAUUUAAUCGAUAAAUGUUAACAAGACCCGGCGCAUUCUUUGCUAUUGGUCAUUUCCUUCUUUUAUUAAAUAAAAAUAAAUAAAUAACUAAUAAAAUGGCUCUUGUUGACUAUGGUGGGAGCAGCUCGUCUGCUUCUGAAGAUGAAGAGCUGAUUGAAAGUACUCACCCUCCUACUAUGGUGGCCUUGAAAAGACCGGCCCUGCCCACAGCGGCCGCCCUCUUGGGCCCCAAGAAACCGAAACCCGAGGAGUUCGUAGAGGAUGUGGUGGAUGAUCCUGCACUACAUGGCGGACGCAUACGUAGCUUCAAGCAUGAACGAGGAAACUGGGCAACUUACGUAUAUGUCCCGGCAACAGCUUGUGUUGAUCAAUUGGAGGAGUUCCAAACUGAAGCUAUAAGCAAUUUGUCUUCCGACUUGGAACUACAGCCAAAUGAAUCACUCCACUUAAGUCUAAGUCGAACCGUAGUACUCCAGUACCAUCAGAUCGAUGAGUUUUCGCGAUCUUUACAAGCUGCUCUUAACAGUUCCGCUGGGUUCGCUGCUACUUUGAAAGGCCUGCGGAUCUACACAAACGAGGAGCGAACAAGGACGUUCAUUGCCGCCCCUCUGGAUGCUGCUUUUGUGGAAAAGAUGACUGCGAUCUUGCAACCCAUCGACCAAGUGAUGUUGGAUUACAGGUUGCAACCAUUUUAUGAUCCUGCCUCGUUUCAUGUCAGUCUUCUGUGGUGCGUGGGCGAUCAGCAGACUUUACUGAACAGCAAGCUAGCAGAACUACAGGAACUCCUUGAAGAUCAGGACACUCUUCCACUGGCAGUUAAUAAAGUUCAUUUGAAAAGCGGCAACAAGGACUUUGCUUAUAUUUUAAAAUAGGGGUGAAUAUUGAAAUUUGAUUAAGAUUAAGAUAUUUCUGGAUCCUCUAUUUCAUUUUAUCUGAAGGGUUACAUAUAUCUGUAUAUAUACCUUGCUAUUUAUGCAUGUCGUUCUUUAUUUGACUGUAUACAAAUAACUUAAUACUUAAUUGUAUUGGGGAUAAAAAAUGAUUAAACAUGUGUAAUUUCUUAGUACUUAUAUAUAGAAAAAUAACAUUAAACCUUUUAUGGAUACCAAUGAAUGUGAA